AUGAUGAUGAACCUGCACACUGGAGGAGCAGCUACUACAGUAGUGAUGAAGGGAUGUAAUAAUGGUCGCUAUCCUCGGAAUUCUCUCUACAGUGACUGCAUUAUAGAAGAAAAGGCAGUGGUCCUGCAGAAAAAAGACAAUGAAGGAUUUGGGUUUGUGCUCAGAGGGGCCAAAGCUGAUACACCUAUUGAAGAAUUCACCCCAACUCCAGCCUUUCCUGCUUUGCAGUACCUGGAAUCCGUGGAUGAAGGUGGGGUAGCAUGGCAAGCUGGCUUGAGAACAGGCGACUUUUUGAUUGAGGUUAAUAAUGAAAAUGUAGUAAAGGUUGGCCACAGGCAGGUGGUGAACAUGAUUCGGCAAGGAGGCAAUCACUUAGUUCUUAAAGUUGUCACAGUAACCAGGAAUCUUGAUCCAGAUGACACAGCCAGAAAGAAAGCCCCACCACCUCCAAAACGGGCUCCAACAACUGCACUGACCUUGCGGUCUAAAUCAAUGACCUCAGAGCUUGAAGAGCUUGUGGAUAAAGCUUCAGUACGGAAGAAGAAGGAUAAAGUUGAUGAAAUAGUACCAGUUUCCAAGCCAUCAAGAAUUCCAGACAAUGCAGCUGUGGACUCAAGAGUGGCAACAAUUAAACCACGACCUUCCAGUAGAUGCUUUCCCUCAGCUACAGAUAUGAAUUCCAUGUAUGAUAGACAAGGGAUUGCUGUGAUGCCACCUACAGUACCUGGGAGUCCUCAAGGCCCAUUUCUGGGUGUACCACGAGGUACAGUCAGAAGACAAAAAUCAAUAGGUAAACUUGUUCUUUUUGAAGGGAUAACAGAGGAAGAAAGACAAUUUUUGGCUCCCCCCAUGCUAAAAUUUACCAGAAGUCUAUCCAUGCCAGACACUUCUGAAGAUAUUCCUCCUCCACCACAAUCUUUACCGCCAUCACCACCACCUCCUUCGCCUUCUCCUUCUCCUUCUCCUUCUCUUUACAACUCUCCCAAAUCUCCAAUGUCUAGAAUAUAUGGAACUAUUAAACCUGCAUUUAAUCAGAAUUCAGGUUCAAAAAUGGUUGCUUCAGGUAGAUCUGAAAAUAUGGGGACAGUGAUAAGGGACAAAGGCAUAUAUUACCGGAGAGAGAUGGACCGCUAUUCUCUAGAUUCUGAGGAUUUAUAUAGCAGAAAUGCCGCAACUCAGGCAAACUUCAGAAACAAGAGAGGCCAGAUGCCGGAGAACCCCUACUCUGAAGUUGGAAAAAUAGCAAGCAAAGCAGUAUAUGUCCCAGCCAAGCCAGCAAGGCGAAAGGGAAUGUUAGUGAAACAAUCUAAUGUUGAGGAUAGUCCAGAAAAAACUUGCUCCAUUCCAAUUCCAACCAUCAUUGUUAAAGAGCCAUCUACCAGUAGUAGUGGGAAAAGUAGUCAAGGAAGCAGUAUGGAAAUUGACCCACAGUCUUCAGAACAACCAGGGCAACUCAGACCUGAAGAUAACUUGACUGUCAGUAGUCCAUUUGCAGCAGCCAUUGCGGGAGCAGUGAGAGACAGGGAGAAAAGAUUAGAAGCCAGGCGUAAUUCUCCAGCUUUCCUUUCCACAGAUUUGGGAGAUGAAGAUGUUGGGCUAACACCUCCAACGCCACGUAUGAGACAGUCUAAAUUUAGUGAGGAGGGAGUGUUUGGUAGUGAAGAUAGUUUUAGGCAACUUGUGUCAGUAUCUCCUAUCCCAGCACCUAGAGAGUCUGAAAACAUUUUUAAUAGUAGUGAAUCAAGUAACCAGGGUGAUGCAAGGACACCUAACUCUUCAGCUCAAACAGUGGGUUGUGAAAACAAUACAUUGGCAACUCAGAAUGCUGGUAUGUCAAGUUUGGAUAACUAUGUUCAUCCACUCACAGGGAAAUUAUUGGAUCCAAAUUCACCUUUAGCCCUUGCCCUUUCUGCCAGAGAUCGGGCCAUGAAAGAGCAAACCCAACAAGUUCCAGGGAAAGGAGAACCUGGCAAAGCUGACCACUUUAAUAAGCCACUUUACAUCGAUACAAAGAUGAGGUCUAAUAUAGAAACGACGUUUCCCGUGACAGCUACAGUUGCUAGGCAAAAUACGCGUGGUCCUCUAAGAAGGCAGGAGACAGAGAACAAAUAUGAGACCGAUUUGACAAAAGAGAGGCGGCCUGAGGAAAAAAAGAACAUGCUGAUCAAUAUUGUGGAUACCUCGCAGCAAAAGUCAGCUGGUUUGCUUAUGGUUCAUACGGUAGACACAGCCCAGUCCAAUGAUACCCCUGAGAAUGAAGAGGAAAGUGCUGAGAUGGACAUGACUACUGAAAAGCCUCUGCCAGAAGCACAGGAAAGUACAGAAACAGCAGAGAGUGGACCAGAUGAUCCUGGCAUUCCUGAACCACCACCAUCUCCCUGUAAAACUAUUGUAGCCAUUGGCUCUGUCGAUGAUCCUAUCAUUCUGCCAUUCUGCAUCCCUCCACCUCCUUUAGCAUCUGUCGACCUUGAUGAGGAUUUCAUCUUUACUGAGCCAUUACCUCCUCCUUUAGAAUUUGCUAACAGUUUUGAUAUCCCCGACGACCAUUCAGUUCCAGGCUCUGCACUAACAGACUUGCUCAAACAGAGAAAAAAUGGAACCCCAUCCACUUCAUUUAAUCACAUUCAGCCCUCAAAUUCAGUAGACAGUAAGAAGCCAGUGGGUCUUGCCAACUGUUUGCCUGCCUCAUUUUUACCACCCCCUGAAAAUUUUGAUAAUGUCACUGACUCUGGGAUUGAAGAAGUGGACAGUCGAAGCAGUAGUGACCAUCACCUGGAGACAACCAGCACUAUCUCAACUGUGUCCAGCAUCUCUACCUUGUCUUCUGAAGGUGGUGAGAACUUGGAUACUUGUACAGUCUAUGCAGAUGGGCAAACAUUUCUGGUGGACAAACCCCCAGUACCUCCUAAGCCAAAAAUGAAGCCCAUAAUCAACAAAAGCAAUGCACUUUACAAGGAUGCGCUAAUUGAAGAAACUCUAGAUAGCUUUGUUAUUCCUCCACCUGCCCCACCCCCACCUCCUAUCAGCACGCAGCCCAGUGUGGCUAAAGUUGUACAGCAAAGGACCUCUAAGCUAUGGGGUGAUGUAACAGAGGUGAAAAGCCCAGUUCUCUCAGGCCCAAAGGCUAAUGUCAUAAGUGAAUUGAACUCCAUACUACAGCAGAUGAACAGAGAGAAAUCCUCAAAGCCUGGGGAAGGAUUGGAGUCGCCUACAGGAACAAAACCUGCAAGUCUUAGUACAAGGAGCACAGAAGUUAUGAGCACUGUCUCAGGUACUCGAAGUUCAACCAUCACUUUUACUGUCCGGCCUGGGACCAGCCAGCCAAUCACACUGCAGAGCAGGUCCCCAGAGUAUGAUAGUAGGACAUCAGGAGCAAGGCAUGCUCCAAGCCCAGUGGUCUCACCAACAGAGAUAAGUAAAGACGUCCUGCCCGCUCCUCUGACUGCUCCUGCUCCAGUUGCAUCUCCUUCUCCAACUCUUUCUGAUGUUUUCAGUCUACCCAGCCAGCCUCCUUCUGGGGACCUCUUUGCUUUGAACGCAGGGCGCAGCAGGUCUCCUUCUCCCUCCAUUUUGCAACAGCCAAUCUCAAAUAAGCCUUUUACAACUAAGCCUGUCCACCUGUGGACCAAACCAGAUGUGGCAGAUUGGUUGGAAAGUUUAAACCUAGGUGAACAUAAAGAGACCUUUAUGGAUAAUGAAAUAGAUGGCACCCAUUUACCAAACCUUCAGAAGGAAGACUUGAUAGACCUUGGAGUGACUAGAGUUGGUCACAGAAUGAACAUAGAAAGAGCCUUGAAACAGCUCUUGGACAGAUAA